AUGAAGUUCAAUUACGCUGCUGUAUUUUCGACGCUUCUCAUUGCCAGCACGUUGGCAGUUCCAACUCCAAUUUCACAAGACUUUAAAAGAUUAGAAGCUGUUGAAAACUCAAGGAUUGCUGCUACUGGUUUGGAUAAGGUUACUGAUGUAAAAGUACUGAAACCAGAUUCUGUUACUUCGAAAAGGGAUGCGCUCAGAAGGGUUUCUGCUCCUGGUUUGGACAAGGUUACUGAUACAAGAGUACUGAAACCAGAUUCUGCUACUACGAAAAGGGACGAGAUUGAAGCUAGGAAAGAAACGGUUUCUGAUACAAAAGUACUGAAACCAGGUUCUUCUACUAUGAAAAGGGACGAGAUUGAAGCUAGGAAAGAAACGGUUUCUGAUACAAGAGUACUGAAACCAGUUUCUGAUACAAAAGUAUUGAAACCAGUUUCUGAUAAAAAAAGCUUUAGAUGA